CAGCUGUGUCCAGUUCGAGUUCUAGAGCUCUAGUGAAUGCAUGGAGAAUCAGCAGAAGUCUCCGCCUUCCACGCGUGUGAUGGCUUCUCAGGUCCCUGCCACUGUGUUUUUCUUCCCUGUCCUGGGCAGCACACACACACACAUUCACAUACACACACCUUUCUUUUCCCUGGAUCCACCAUCCUGGGCUGAGAAGCCAGGAGAGAGGGUGGCAAGGUUUGGAGGAACCGCUGGGACAAUUGAAUAGCGAUUCUUCACCAUGGCUAGAUUCUUCAUCAUCUUCAGAAGCUUGGUUCUGUUGCAGGCACUCUGCUUGGCUUUAUCACAAGUGACCGGUCCACCCGGACCGCAGGGGCCCCUUGGUCCCCCUGGCCCCGCUGGAACUCCCGGCUCUGACGGCAUUGAUGGUGAAAAGGGUCGUCCUGGACCACCUGGACCACCAGGUCAAAAGGGAGAGUCAGGUGAGCCUGGUCCUGAUGGAUCUCCAGGGGAGGAUGGCAUUGAUGGUUUGAUUGGUGCUAAGGGUGAGAGGGGCCCUCAUGGUAAUCCUGGACCAAAGGGUCAGCCAGGGUCUAGUGGACCACCAGGGCGACCUGGACCUGGACUGCCUGGACUUCCUGGAGCAGCAGGCACCAUUGGGCUUCCUGGACAAAUUGGGCCUACUGGGUCAAAGGGUGACAUGGGAAGUCCUGGUCCUCCAGGAAUACCCGGACAUCCAGGAAAGCCAGGUCCACCAGGGAAGUUUCUGGGUUUAGAGGAAGGCAGUGCUGACUUACAGUGUCCAACCAACUGUCCACCUGGGCCAAAAGGUCCUCAGGGCCUACAGGGAGUGAAGGGACAUAAAGGUCGCUCUGGGGUAUUGGGAGAUCCAGGUAGCAUCGGAAGAGUGGGCACAAAGGGUGAAGUCGGCAUCUCCGGUGAACAAGGAAUACCAGGCCCUCCAGGUCCACAGGGUCUGAGAGGGUAUCCAGGAAUGGUGGGGCCCAAAGGCGGGACGGGACCACGUGGUUAUAAAGGAAUUUCAGGACCGAUCGGCAUCCCUGGACGCCCUGGUGAAGAGGGACCCCAAGGACCACCUGGAGAGCCUGGUGACAAAGGCGACAUGGGAGAGAGUGGUAUACGAGGGCCUCAGGGAGUGGUCGGAAAGAAGGGAGAGAACGGUCUUCCAGGAAUUGAUGGAAAAGAUGGAACUCCUGGCAUCCCGGGAAUAAAGGGUGCUACGGGACAAAAUGGAAGACCUGGAGCUCCUGGUCUCCAGGGAGACCCUGGUUUGCCUGGUAUGCCCGGAGGCAAGGGGGAAAUGGGUGUUAAGGGUGAGCCAGGACCCAGAGGCUUGAUGGGAAUGCAAGGUCUUCCAGGACCUCAAGGAGAGCCUGGUCCUCCAGGUGGACCUGGCAUGGAGGGAGUCCCAGGACCAAAGGGUGACCGGGGCGAAAGAGGACCAGUUGGGCCUCCUGGUAUUGUUGGCUUGCCUGGCAGUAAGGGAGAGAGGGGACCCAUGGGUGUCCCAGGUGCUCAGGGUCUAACUGGAACCAAGGGUGACAAGGGAUUCCAAGGCAAAGUGGGAUCAAAGGGAGAUGUUGGUGAUCCUGGUGUAGAGGGAUUGGCUGGGGAGAAAGGAGAGAAGGGACAAUCUGGGGAGCCCGGAUCUAAGGGACAGCAAGGUGUUACUGGUGACCCAGGGCACAACGGCCCUACUGGAGAUCCGGGUAAACCAGGAGACCAGGGUCCUCCAGGCUUACCUGGUUCACGUGGCCUGCACGGAGAAAGAGGAGUUCCAGGGAUGCCAGGAAUACAAGGACCAUCUGGUCGUGAUGCUACAGAUCAGCACCUCAUUGACGUAGUCCUGAAGAUGCUUCAAGAGAAGUUAGCAGCAGUAGCGGUGAGCUCCAAGAGAGCGGUGCUGGGUGGAGCAGGUGUGAUGGGACCUCCGGGUCCUCCGGGACCACCCGGACCUCCAGGACCACAGGGUCCUCAUGGACUGCCAGGCGGCCGUGGUAUUCCUGGCAUGAUCGGGGCCUCAGGCCAGAUAGGAAACACUGGUUUUAAAGGAAAGAGGGGUACAAAGGGAGAGAGAGGAGAUCCUGGCCGACCACAUCCUGGCCAACCGGGACCUCCUGGACUGCCAGGUCCUCCAGGUCUUGACGGCGUGGCACGUGAUGGUAGGCCAGGCGAACGAGGACCACAUGGUGCAGCGGGUGAGCCAGGCCGCCCCGGAAAAGCUGGUCCUCCUGGACUUCCUGGAUUUUGUGAAGCAGCUGCAUGUUUGGCAGCCUCUGCCUACACUUCUCCCAGACUACAAGAGGCGGGAACAGUGAAGGGCCCAUCCACUUAAAUCAAGUCCUCAACUGGGGCAUAAGAACAUCUCGGAGAGAGAGAGAGAGAGAGAGAGAGAGAGAGAGAGA